AUGAAACGUGGUGGAUUUAACAAAUGGAACCCUUGGAAGGCAAGAUCUAGUGGAGGAUUUCAACAACCAAAAGAUAAACCUCUUUACUCUAUAACGAAUGACAUUAAAAAAAAUUCCGAUAGUGACAGNCUUGGCGAUGAGAAGCGCGGCUAUCAUCUUGAAGUUUUACUCUCAAAAGCUGUUUUUCAUAAGCAAUCCCACAUUCAGAUUAUUGCCAUGUCAGCGACAAUUUCAAAUCUUAAAGAAAUUGCUCGAUUUCUAAAUGCUGUCGUCUACACAAGAGAAUUCCGUCCAGUUGAACUUAAAGAGUAUGUCAAGAUCGGAUCAGACAUCUUUUCAGUUGAUGGGAAAGCUCGAUUUUUGUCAGAUGCUUUCAAAGUGUCUAGAAAUGACUUUGGCAAAGAAUACACAAGGCAAAUGCUUAAAAGAGAUCCUGACCAUCUUGCCGCACUUUCUCUAGAAAUCAUUCCGAAAUCUUCAUGUUUGAUCUUCUGUGCCACUAAACAGAAUUGCGAGAAUGUUGCCAAAUUAUUGACUGAGUUGCUGCCACAAGAAUUGAUUGAAUGGAAGAAGGAAGAGAAAUUGACACUCAUGGAACACAUAAAGGCAGACGCCAAUGGUCGCAUUUGUCCAAUUCUUGCGAAAACAAUUCCAUUUGGAAUUGCUUAUCAUCAUUCUGGAAUGACUAACGAUGAAAGAAAACAUUUGGAAGAAGCUUAUCGAUGUAACAUAAUUUGCAUCAUUUGUUGUACUUCCACUUUAGCUGCUGGCGUUAAUUUACCAGCACGACGUGUGAUAAUUCGGUCGCCUUAUGUUGGCCAACAUUUCUUAACAUUGUCAAGAUACAAGCAAAUGAUUGGAAGAGCUGGGCGUGCUGGAAAAUGUUCAUCUGGUGAGAGUAUUUUAGUGUGUGAUCCGAAAGAUUAUCAAAAGUUGACAACUUUGUUAUGUUCUAAAAUGGACGAGACGAUCAGUGGAUUUGUUCAAGAUGUAAGUGGAAUGUUUAUUGAAACGGUGAUUCUCAAUCUGAUUGGAACGAAAGUUGCAACUUCCAUUGAUGAUCUUAUUGACUUCUUCAAGUGUUCUUUGUUAAGUGUACAAAUUCAUCGAACUGAAACAAAUUUACGUGAGAAUAUUGUUAAUAAUGUGAAGAUGUUAAUGAACAAAGGUGCACUUGUCUUCACAUCGACAUCAAAUGGUGAACGUCAUCCUUCAUUCGUCAUUGAUGAAGAUUGUGAAAGUUCACGAAAAGUUUUCCCUGAUGACUUACUUGAAGUGAGUCAAGUUGGAAUGGCUGCUGUGAAUGCGGGAAUGAGCUUUGAAGAAGGAAGAAGAGUUGAAAGUGCACUACAAAAAGCACAAAUGAAUUUUGUACUCACUCAAUGCUUGCAUCUUUUAUACAUUGUUACGCCGAAUGACAUUGCUGACACUGUCAAGCCAAAUUAUUCACUUUUCAAUAAGAUCAUCAUGCAAAUGAAUUCUUCAACGUUGAACACUGCAAAAGUCAUUGGAAUAUCUGAAAGUUUAGCCAUGCGAAUGAUUACCAGUCCAAGUUCAAUUAAGAUGAACGAAAUGUCAAUUCUUAAACGUUUUUAUGUUGCGCUUAUUAUUUAUGAUCUUUGGAAUGGAAAUGAAAUUUAUCACGUUUCUGAGAAGUUUAAGAUUAGUCGAGGUGUUGUUUAUAGCCUUAUGAACUCAACGUCAUCAAAUGCUUAUAGCAUUUUGAGAUUUUGUGAGAAAUAUGAAGACUUUUGGAUGUUUAAAGAAAUUCUUGACAAGUUUUCUAAACGACUUUGUUACUGUUGUUCAACAGAACUCUUGGAACUUAUGGAAUUGCCAGCUGUUAAAAUUGGGCGAGCGAAAUUGAUGUAUGCGGCUGGAUUCAAGACAAUUGAGGAUGUGGCCUCUGUGAUGCCAGCAGAAUUAGUCAAAGCAAUUAAGAACUUAAACAUGAGACAAGCGGAUCAGAUAGUUAAAUAUGCGAGAUAUCAAACAAUGGCGAAAAUUGGAUUGUAUCAAGAUCGGUUAGAAGAAAUGAAAAAUGUUAAUAAAAACAGAAAAGAUAAUAAUAAAUCUUAG